GGGCGUCCACGCUGUGGAGGUGUCAUGGCCAAGUCACACCUGCCGCCGUGGCUGCUGCUGUUCCCCAUACUCUGUGGCCCCGGCACUGCUCUCUGGACCACCUCAUCCCUGGCCUGUGCCGGGGGCCCUGAGUUCUGGUGCCAAAGCCUGGAGCAGGCAUUGCAGUGCAGAGCCCUCGGGCACUGCCUACAGGAAGUCUGGGGACAUGCAGGAGCAGAUGAUUUGUGCCAGGAAUGUGAGAACAUCGUCCGCAUCCUCGCCAAUAUGACCAAGGAGGCCAUUUUCCAGGACACCAUGCGGAAGUUCCUGGAGCAUCAGUGUGACGUCCUGCCCUUGAAGCUGCUCGUGCCCCAGUGCCGCCACCUGCUCGACGUCUACCUCCCAGUGGUCAUCGACUACUUCCAGAGCCAGAUUAACCCAAGGGCCAUCUGUGACCACCUGCGCCUGUGCAAACCCGAGCAUCCAGAGCCAGGGCCGGAGCCAGAGUUGUCGGACCCUCUGCUGGACAAGCUGGUCCUCCCUGUGCUUCCUGGAGCCCUCCAGGCGAGGCCUGGGCCUCAGACACUGGAUCUCUCUGAGCAGCGGCUCCCCAUCCCUCUCCCCUUCUGCUGGCUCUGCAAGACUCUGAUCAAGCGGAUCCAAGCUGUGAUUCCCAAGGGUGUGCUGGCUGUGGCUGUGGCCCAGGUGUGCCACGUGGUACCCCUGGUGGUGGGCGGCAUCUGCCAGUGCCUGGCCGAGCGCUAUACCGUCAUCAUUCUGGACGCACUGCUGGGCCGCGUGCUGCCCCAGCUGGUCUGCGGCCUUGUCCUCCGGUGCUCCAGCGAUGACGGCACUGGCCCAGCCCUCGCCACUCUGGGAUCCCUGCCGGGAGAAUGGCUACCACAAGACUCCAAGUGCCGCCUCUGCGUGUUGGUGACCACCCAGGCAGGGAACAGCAGUGAGCAGGCCAUGCCACAGGCAAUGCGCCAGGCCUGCCUCAGCUCCUGGCUGGACAGGCAAAAGUGCGAACAAUUUGUGGAGCAGCACACGCCCCAGCUGCAGGCUCUGGCGUCCAAGGGCUGGGAUGCCCACACCACAUGCCAGGCCCUGGGGGCGUGCGCAACCACGUUCAGUCCUCUCCAGUGUGUCCACAGCCCCCACUUCUGAUGGGAACUCAAAGCUGUGCCAGGGAGAGCAGUGGGGGGCUCUAGAGGCCUGGGCUCUGGCCCCAACUCUGCCAUCAACUGGCCAUGGGUCGCCAGCCAAAAUGCACCAACGCCUCUCUGGCCCUCAUUCUCCUCAGCAGCGAAGGGGCUGCUGAGUGAGGUGGUCUCCAGGACUCCUGGGCUCUACCACAUGGCAAGGCUCCUCCUCAGGCUCCCCACCCCCACUGAAGAGAAGCCUUCAUUCCCUGGCUCACCUCCCCACCUCCUUUCCUCAAAAGGACCUUAAGCUGGUGGGCCACGAACCCACAGCAUGUACUCUCACUCCUGUGUCAGUCUUGACUGUCCCAUCUCUAACCACAGCCUGAAACCAGAGCCUCUUCC